CUUCCUCUGCUUCUCCUCCUCUGCUCCUCUGCUUCUCCUCCUCUGCUCCUCUUCCCCUCCUCCUCGAAUCCGCCUUCCCCGUGUCCUCCUCCCCCGCCGCCCACCGUGCCGCCCUGCCCAUGCUGUGUCUUUGCGCGGGCGCGGUUCGCAGGUCCAUUGGGCCACUGCUUGUGUUGAGGAUGACUUUAGGAACAGAAAUUACUAGCCAGCUUAAAGCUUCUUCGUACAUAGCAUCAGGCCGAAACCUUUUGAGAUGGGACCUGUCACCAGAGGAAAUUAGAACAAGAACAGAAGAACUUAUCAGGAAGACAAAGCAUGUCUAUGACAGAGUCGGGAUGCUUGAUAUUGAAGAAGUAACACAUGAAAAUACUGUACGAGCUUUGGCAGACAUAGAAGUGGAAUAUGCAGUGGAAAGAAGUAUGUUGGAUUUUCCCCAGCACAUUUCACCUGACAAAGAGGUACGCUUAGCAAGUACAGAAGCUGACAAAAAGCUUUCUAAUUUUGAUGUGGAGAUGAGCAUGAGAGAAGAUGUGUUUCAGAAGAUUGUUUAUUUACAGCAAAACUGCAAUCUUGAAAAUGUAAAGCCUGAAACAAAGCGAUAUCUAGAGAAAUCAGUCCAAGUGGGAAAAAGAAAUGGACUCCAUCUUCCUAAAGAAGUACUGAAUGAAAUAAAGACAAUGAAGAAAAAAAUGAAUGAGCUGUGUAUAGACUUUAACAAAAACCUGAAUGAGGAGAACACAUUUCUUGUAUUUCCUAGGGAAGAACUUGAUGGCCUUCCUGAUGACUUUAUUAAUAGUUUAGAGAAGACUGAGGAAGACAAAUAUAAAGUAACCUUGAAAUAUCCCCACUAUUUUCCUGUUAUGAAGAAGUGCUGCAUUUCAGAAACAAGGAGAAAAAUGGAAUCUGCCUUUAACUCGAGAUGCAAAGAGGAGAACACAAAAAUUCUUCAGCAAUUGCUUCCACUAAGGGCAAAAGUAGCAGAGCUUCUUGGUUAUAAUACACAUGCCAACUUUGUCCUGGAGGUAAACACUGCAAAGAGCACAGAUAAUGUAACAACCUUCUUAGAUGAUUUGAGUAAGAAGCUAAAGCCACUGGCUGAAGAAGAAAGAGAAUUCAUUCUAGAUUUGAAGAAAAAGGAGUGUAAAGAAAGAAACUUUGAUUAUGAUGGAAGAAUCAAUGCAUGGGAUCUUCAUUAUUAUAUGAACAAAACUGAAGAGCUGAAGUACUCUAUAGAUCAAGAAAAACUGAAGGAAUACUUCCCAAUUGAGGCUGUUACAGAAGGCUUACUGAAUAUUUACCAGGAGCUGCUGGGACUUGUAUUUGAGCAAGUAGAAAGUGCUCAUGUUUGGCAUGACAGUGUUACUCUUUAUGCAGUAAAGGAUAAAUCAACAGGAGAAAUGUUAGGGCAGUUCUAUUUGGAUCUUUACCCCAGAGAGGGAAAGUAUGGGCAUGCAGCAUGCUUUGGUCUACAGCCCGGCUGUCUCCUUUCUGAUGGCAGCAGAUUGAUGUCUGUUGCUGCUCUGGUAACCAACUUCACAAAACCAGCAUUGGAUCGUCCAUCAUUACUGCGACAUGAUGAAGUAAAGACUUACUUCCAUGAAUUUGGUCACGUAAUGCAUCAGAUAUGUGCACAGACUGAUUUUGCUAGGUUUAGUGGAACUAACGUGGAAACAGAUUUUGUAGAGGUACCUUCACAAAUGUUUGAAAACUGGGUGUGGCAGAAGGAGCCACUACAGCAAAUGUCAAGACAUUAUAAAGAUGAAACCCAUGUUGGAGACACUCUCCUUGAGAAACUUGCUGCCUCUAGACUGGCUAAUUCAGGCCUUUUAACCCUCCGUCAGAUUGUUUUGAGCAAAGUUGACCAGGCACUGCAUACAAAGCUAUCUGUUGACCCAGCGGAUGAAUAUGCUAAAUACUGUAUGGAGAUUCUAGGAAUUCCUGCCACUCCAGGAACAAACAUGCCAGCUACUUUUGGACAUCUGGCAGGUGGUUAUGAUGGUCAGUACUAUGGAUACCUGUGGAGUGAAGUGUUUUCCAUGGAUAUCUUUUAUAGCUGCUUUAAGCAAGAGGGAAUAAUGAAUCCAAAGGCUGGGAUGAAAUACAGAAACCUUAUUUUGAAACCUGGAGGAUCUUUGGAUGGAAUGGAUAUGCUGCAAAAUUUCUUGGGGCGUAAACCAAGCCAAAGAGCUUUCUUAUUGAGAACAGGGUCAUUCUCUUUCCUGUCAAGCAUGGUAAACCCUGCAUAAGGCCAGCCACAGGCCCCUCCACCAUUUCUACUGGAAGAUAGUGAGCAAGGGAGGGAUUGAACAAGCAUGAAUCUGCAAAAAGAUAUAAACCACAUCUGAAGAUCUUCCGAUUUACUGGCAAAUCAACUUCUUUUUUACUUCAUGUUGUUUUCUGUAUGCACUUUACACUGCUAGAGACUUUCAGCAGUCCCCCUUAACUUGAAGAAGUAACAUCUGGUCUGAAGAACUUAAGAACUUCUGGCUCUUAAGAAUUUAACUACAAUAAUCCAUGGUAAAAGUGUGGAUUAAGUCUAAGGUGGCUGGCCUUCCUCUCUUUCAUUCCCUAGGAAUGACAUUAGGUUUGGUUGACUUCUUAUGGAAAUUGCAUAAAUCACAAAUUGGUUUCAUUUUAGCCAUCAGCUAUCCAGUGCAGUAAGCUCUUAUUAGAGCUGUGCCUAGGAACCUCUCUGCCAUGAACACAAAAAGGGAAGAGGUCUUCCUAAAUGAUCUGUUCAGUCUGAAUAGAAAGAUAACAUGAUAAAUGAGUUGGAAUGCAGUGGAUCAGGUUUUUUAGGAGAACAUUUAUGGGGAGGGGUGUGAUAUUCUCACCUAGGUAAAACAUAAAUUUAGUAUACAAGGGUAAGCCUGGUGUGGUGAAGAAAUGACAUGUUAAAAAAGGGGAGUUUCUCCCAAAGAUGUGUGAAAAUAGAAUUCCCGACCCUUUAUGAGAGAUACAUUCUGUGAAGAAGAAAAAACAACAACCAAAACCCACCCUCAGAUGUUAGAGAAAACUAAUGGUGAACACUGAGAAAACACAGAGAAUUGCAAGACUUAUCUAGGAUCACGGGAAAAUGAGUCUGCAUUACAGGGAAAGAUUUAUCUGCACACCAGAGAAAAAUCCAGUCAGUUUAGUCAUAUAACUAUGUCUCAUAGACUAUAUCCUGGACAUAAGGAGAUAUACUACAAAGCCAUUCAUAGGUUUCAUGGCAAAAAAGUCAGCCUCAAGUGGAAAGUCCUACCUGGGUUCUUCAAAAGCAUGUCUAAAGCCUGGGCAUUGUAAAUUCUUAAAUUACAAUAAUUACCCAGGCUGGAAUGGAAAGAGUUAUGUUGGCAAAUCACAUAUUAUCUUCUUCAAGGCAAAUACCCAUUGUGAACUACAAGUGCAUUCUCAGGGUGUGCAUAGAUCUGGUUCAAAAAGCAGAAGCUCAGCCUUAAUUGAAGUUGGCCAGAGAUGUCACAAACCACAAGCAAGGGUUUUUCAGGUACAUAAACAACAAGCAGAAACAGAAGGAAAAUAUUGGCCUGCUAUUGAGCAGGAGAGAUGAAUCAGUCACCAACAGUGCUGAAAAGGCAGAGGUUCUCAACACUUUUUUCACCUCUGUCUUCACCAGCACUGGUAUUAGGAACAAAAAUCCAGGCUGAUGCAAACAGCUGCUGUCAGUGAAGGUAGAGCUGUUAGGAUCUUGUAGGAGCUUGACCCUACAGUUUGAUGAGCCCUGACAAUAUCCCCCCAAGGGUUUCAAGAGAGCUGGCUGAUGUCAUUGUGAGGCCAGUCUCCAUAAUCUUUUAGAAGCUGAGGAGAUAAGAGGAUGUUCCAGAAGGCUGGAAGAAAGCUAUUGUCACCCCUAUCUACAAGAAGGACUUAAAGGAGGGUCCAGGAAAAUAUGGAUCCAUUGGUCUUCCUGCUGUCCCUGGGAAAGUUACAGAACUAAUCCUCCUGGAGGCUAUCAAAUGUCAGAUGAAGCGCAUGACUGGGAAAAGGCAGCAUGGUUUCACCAAGGGCAAAUUGUGCUUGACAAACCUGGUCACCUUCUACAACACAGCAACCUGCACAAUUGAUGUGGGGUAAGCAGUGGACAUUGUUCACCUGGAUUUUUCCAAGGCUUUCAAUAGCGCUCUUGGUACUGCUUUCCACAGCCUCCUCUGGAGAAACUGUUGCAUUACAGUCUAGACAAGUGGUCUGUCGGGUGAGUGGGGACCUGGCUGACCUAAGGCACCCAAAGUGGUGUGGGAAAUCACUCCUGUUCAAACCAGCAACAAGUGAGGUCCUCCAGGGAUUGAUACUGGGCUCAGCACAAUUUAAUACCUUCAUAAAUGGUCUGGAAGAUGGGAUUAAGUGUACCCUGAUGAAGUUUUCCAAUAAUAACAAACUGCACGAGGAAGUGGAUGCUUGGGAAGGGAAUACUACCCUGCAGGAACAGCUGGAUAAGAUGGAAGAGUGGGCUAAUGAGAACAGUGUGAAGUUCAACAAAGACAAGUGUAAGGUCUUGCAUCCAGGAAGGCAUAAUCCAGAAGUGCAGCACAGGCUGGGAUCUACCCGGCUUGGGAGCAGCUCUGUGGGAAGGGAGUGUGGGAUCCUGGUGGAUAGGCAGCUCAGUCUGAGUGGCCAGUGUGCUCCUGCAGCAAAGAAAGGCAACUGGAUGGGUGGCUUCAACAAGGGCUUCACCAGCAGAGGUGAAGAGUUAUCCCACUUUGCCCAGUGCUUGUCAGAAAUCAUUAUUCCACCCUACUUGCUGGUUGUCAGGCCUCAGCUGGAACACUGUUCAGUUUUGGUCCCUGGUGUACAAAACAGAUGUUCACAGGCUGGAGAGGGUCCAGAGAAGGCCCACAAAGACAAUCAAAGGCCUGGGAAGCCUGGCAUGUGAAGAAAGGCUGAGGGAACUGGGGUUGUUUGGCCUUGAGGAGCUUGAAGGCACAAGGGAGACCUUAUCCCUCUGUUCCGGUAUUUAAAGGGUGGCUACAAAAAAGAUGGAGAUUCUCUUUUUAGGAGGAACCACAUGGAGAAGAGGAGGGGUAAUGGGUACAAGUUAUUGCUGGGGAGAUUACAUCUGGAUGCAAGAGGAAAAAUUUUAACAGAACAAUAGGCCAUUGGAAUAUCUCCCCAGGGAAGUGAUGGAUUCUGCAAUUUUGGACACUAUUAAGAUCCACCUGGAGAGGGUGCUGGGCCAUCUUGUGUAGACCAUGCUUUUGCAUGGACCAGAUAAUAUUUGAUGUCCUCUUACAGCCUGGUAUUCUGUGAUUCUUAAGGGUCUUGAAAUUAGAAGAUAACUGACAAGGACCCAAGAUACAGACUGUUUCUGCAGCAGAAGCGUGCCAUGUCUUCUGGGUGUCCAAAGGUGAUGGAGUCCCCUGGUUUUGAAAAGGUGACAGAGUGAGUAGCUUUGUGUUUUCAAUUCUUUUAGCUCUGGACAUUCCACACUCAAAGCAGAGACUGCAAAUGAGUAUCUCAAAACAAAAAGAGGAAAAGAGAAAAUCAAGCCCCUUUAAGCGUGCUCUGUGCUAGAUAAACCUCAGAGACUAGAAAUUCUACUUGCCUGAUACGCGUAUUUGAUUAAUUUGGGCUCAGUUCUCUAACUCAGCACACUGUUUGGGAAGCUGCAGAGGUGUGAUUUCUUAGGCCACUGUAGUAUAAUUUGCUAAAUAAAUCCCCAAUGUGUCUAUUAAAGUAGCAUUUGUUUAGUUAUCAACAAAGUUCCUAAAAUAUUAAAAAUUAUUAUUGAAACAUUUUUUUUUAUUGUUGCUGGCCCACAUCUGUAACAAAAAUGAUGCUUCUCUGGAUUACUUUCCCAUGAUAACAAAGAUGUUUCAGUUGCUGAUAUAAUUUUUCUUUAUUUAAUUUUGUACAACAUUAAUUAAAAUGGAAAGUUUCAUCAAAGGUCACUGCUGACUUCAUUAAUAAGAAGUCAGUUUUGGUUUGUGCAGAAGCACUAUGAUAAGAUAGAAUUUAACAUAGAAGACAAAUUUAGGCAGCAGCAGAAUUGGAAAUUUCAGAAAUAAAAUUUUAGAUGUAAAACAAUAAAUGAAUCAUUUCUAGUGCUGAGUGUCUCACUAAGGAUUUUAUUGCAGAGCUUAGCAUCUAACUGAUAUGAUAUUUCCUAAUUUUGAGGCAUUUCAUAUUUUAUAUUGCCUUUUUGUCUUCUGCUAUGUGCUAAGUAUCCUCAGAGGAUAAAUUUUGUCUAAGGAAGGUUGUUCAGUUUGUUUAAUAAAACACGUAAGUACUUUAUUUGUGAAAUAUUGCUGUAUGUCAUAAAAACCAGCAAGAUGUCUUAGAAAACAAGAGACUUAAUUUUCUCUUAAAGACUUAAUGAAAAAGAAUUUCCUUAGUUUAAAAGGAAGGACAACAGAAUAUAAUUUUCUUCUUGAUAUUUAAUUAGAUUUGGCUGUUGCAAAAAUUUAUUAAUAAUUGGAUAAUAUUGUGAGUUCAGGCUAGUGAAUUCUGAAAUGGUUCUGAGAGUGUUUGAAAACUUUUUGUAUGUGACUUGCAAAUUGAUACCUCAAUGUAAGCAACAGCGCACCUUGGCAUAAUAUAUGAUUCUUUUGAUAUGUCUUUACUAGGUAAUAACAUUUCUGUGCUCACUUUUAAUCAGAUUGUCAUUAGAGAACCUGAACCAUCUUACAUUGCAAAUACAGGUUGAGCAUGAAGGUUACAAGUUCCCUUCAUGUCUUUUCAUAAAUCCUGGCUAUGUCUUGUGCUCUGGUAGCAGUUUUGCCUCUGUGAACCCUCUUUAUCUGUGUUGUGGCUACUUCCACCUUGAAAUGUUUUAUGUUUGUGAGUACAUUUUUUUUUAUUCUGCUGACAGUAAAGGAAGGAAUGAAUAUAAAUAACCACUUGAUUUUUCCCCAAGGACAAAGUGUAACUCCUCUAUGUGUAACCUGUAUUAACAGUAUUUCAUAGCUGCAAUUUUACAUGUUAAAAUACAGAGUCCAAAGCUAGUUAUUUAAGUGAUGUAUUACGUUAUUUAGUUAUUUAAGUUGAUUUUCAGAGAAUGAGGAUCUAGUGAGCUCAGU